AUGUCACGUGCAGUUCAUCCAUCCAGUGGCGUAAUAACGAUUGGAGGAAAAAGUGAAUCUAAGGACGAAUCUUUCAAAUUAUCCGAUUUGCAAUCUUGUCGAAAAUAUGUGGCAUUCCUGACUGUUGUUUAUUUUCUGAUGGUGCUUACUCAAGUGUGUAAUCUUCUGUUUAUGACAUUUGCUGAUCGAAAUCCAACUAUAAAAGAUUUCUGUCGUAAGCAAUAUCCGAAAUAUAUCGCAACAAAAAACUGCUCAUCAACUGGUUCCUGCUGGGUGUUCAUUAAUGAAUCCAAAGUGCUAUGUACCACAAGUCACUAUGAUUUUAUAUCGAUUAGAAAUGAUUUUGAAGUACCAGUUGAAUAUGUUAAACUAGGUACGACAUUGCAAAAUGCUGGUCUAAUGAUUGGUGCAAUUGUUGCCGGUAAUCUUGCUGAUAUUUAUGGCAGAAAAAAGGUUCUAUUUAUCGGUACCACUGGAAUGAUGAUAUCAUUGUUAGCAACAUCUUUUGCUCCCUCAUUUGUUAUAUUCACUUUUCUUCGCUUUUUUGAUAUGCUUUUCACAGGUGGGAAGCAUUGUGUGAGCAAUCCGUAUUUCAUGGAAAAUCUUCCUGACAAACACCGAAUGUGGAUAGCCACGGUAGUCACUUAUUCACCAAAUUACAUUAUUUUGUCUGGUAUUGCUUACCUUUGUAAUGAUUGGAAAACGCUAUCCAGAGUGGCCGCUGGAUUGACCGUUUUACCGUUGAUAAUGAUUCCAUAUCUAAAAGAUACUCCACGAUGGCUUAUUAGAAAAGGUCGAAGCAAGAAAGCUGUAGAAGCAGCAAUUUACAUUGAAAGGUGGGACAAAAAGGUGUCGCCCGAGAAAGCAAAACAUAUAAGUUACAUUAUUGCAAAAUCUGUCGAAGAGGAGAUAGAGAAAUCGAGUAAACCUAAUCUGAACUAUUACUUCUAUCAUUUAUUCAGAGAUCGUAAACUGGGCAGCUAUACAGUCAUCUUCGCCAUCAGUCUAUUUUCGACAAGUUUCAUCAGCUACGGAAUUGCAUACAAUAUGGAUGCAUUGGCGGGUACAGUUUACAUGAAUGUGGUCAUCCUGGGUGUCGCACGUUACAGCAUCAAUGUCAUCGCCGCCAUACUUGAAUUUACAGUUGAACGUGUUGGUCGUCGUUUGUUACAUUGUGUAUCAGCUGGAUUUAUUGUGGUUGUGAUGGGAGUAGUUUCUAUCAUUUAUUUGUUUACAUGGCAUCAAAUUGAAGAAUAUAAAGCGAUUGUAGAAGCCGGUGGGCAAGGUGACCCAUUGAUUCAUGCAAUUGUCACCUUUACUCGCUAUUCAUCGUUACUUGCCGCAGCGAUGUGUACCGAAUUAUUCGUUUUAAACAGUGUUCAGCCAACUGAGCUGUUCCCUACUCCGAUACGCGGUGCCGGAAUUGCUUUCAUUCAAACAUUCAAUCGUCUCGGAACAAUCAUCAGUCCACUUAUUUUUAUACCGAGUAAACAUUGGCCCCCAGCACCGUUCUUCUUGAUGUUGAUUACUAGCUUGGCCGAUUUCCUCCUUUAUUUCUUCAUCAUGCCCGAAACUCGAGGCAAGAAACUACCUGAUCGUAUGCCUGACGAAGAACUCGAACAGGAAGAAUUAACGAGUCGUAAACCUGCCGUAUGUGCUACGACUAAUUUGUCACCACUUAAAAAUAUUCACACUAUCAAAUUAAAUGCAUCUUACUAA